AUGAGUCGUACGUUGUUGCUGGGUGGCAUUGCUUUGGCGUUGCCUCAAGUUAUUUACAAAGUGUCACAGACUCACGGGUAUGACGCAAUGACCUUCAGUAUCAGACCGGUGGAGUUGUUGGCAGUCGGUGUUGAGAUAUCAACGAAUUCGGCGUUCUACCUUGGUGACGGUCACCUGAAGACUACGUUGACAUCUAACGGAGGAGAUUCGGCUACAUUCAAGUUCAGUAUCGAAAAUGACUCCACUGCCGAACCUGUUUCCGAGAACUGCUCUCUGGUGGAUAGCGGCAGCGCAGUUUGCGAACUAACUUCCGUUCCGUUAGUUGUAGGCACGGAGAAUGUGAUUAGCUUCACGAAGAGUGAUGGACCGGAUGUCGGCUACGUUACAUGGGAAGGACUGUUUGGUACAACCAGUGUUGGUAAAAUCAGAAUGAAGGCUGGGUUGCUCAGCAAGGGUGACUUGAGUUCGUACACAAGUGUGUCUUCUGAGUACAGUCCGACGAAGGGGUACUCACCGGCCACCAGGCCGUGCCUGCCUAGAACUCACUUCUACGUACAAGCUCCUUUGAUGAGACAGCGUGACGAGCAAACCACGGCCACGGCUGAGGCCGGAACUCCAAUUGGAACCGGCCUUGGCGUCGACAGAUGCAGCGUUAAGAGCCUCGCCCCUAAUGCCCAGGUGACUGUGGGUCAUGACACCGCUGAGUUCUUCUACGGCUUCCUCACCAACUAG